AUGGCACUGAUGAAGAGACUAGCCUACUGCAUCAACAGCAAGACCAAGUCGAUCGACUUCGGAGACCCCUUCGCCGAAGAGAUCACCUACAAAGUCGUCGUCAAAACUGGAAACACGAAAGCAGCGGGCACAGAUGCAGACGUGAAGAUUCAACUGAUCGGCGAGGACAGUUCUACGAAACCGACAAAAAUUGAUAACUUUUUUCGCGAUGACUUUGAGAGAGGAAAUUCAGACAAGUUCAUCAUCAAAAUGAAGAAUAUUGGAACGCCUCUUCUCUGCAAACUUCUGAUAAAGGACAAGGGGCUCUCUCCUGAUUGGUAUGUGGAGUAUGUCAAAGUUAUUAUGAAGUCGAAAGAAUAUUUCUUCCCCUUCUACGAAUGGGUAACAGACGGAGCGACGACCGCCGAGGGUACCGCAUAUCUCCCACAAGACGAUAGUCUUGAAGUCAAACGAAAGUUCCGAGAAGAAUAUCUCCGAAAACAGCGAACGACCUAUCGCUGGCGAGCGGAGCCAGAGAAAGAAGACCUCACAUACGGCCUGAAUGGGCAUCUCCAAGCAGAGCAGCACAGAGAUCUUCCAAGAAACUCGCAAUGGUCGGCCGAACGCGAUGCCGAGUUCCACAACUGUCGCGCGACUGGUCUCAAAAAUCUGCUCCUCAAUCGCUUCGUGGGAAUCUUUAGAAAUUUCGACUCGCUGGAAGAUGUGCACAAACUCUUGCUUAUUCCAACGAUGAAAAAUCGGGAAAUCAAUCACGACUGCUGGCAUAACUGGCGAUCCGACCUCGAAUUCGCCCGACAACAAAUCAAUGGAUGCAGACCAACCGGGGUGCAGAGGGUUUUCAAGAGCCUUCCAAAGUACUACUCCAUCACAACAGCUGAUUUGGAAAAAUGCCUCCCAAGUGGAGUCACUUAUCAGAACGCUUUACUCGAUGGCCGCAUCUUCAUGGUAGACAACUCGAUUCUUGAAGGAAUCCCGUGCGGCGAUCACCCAAUACUCAAGACGAAAAACUACACUUGCGCGCCCCUGCUCGUCCUUUACUGUAACAAUGAAGGCUUCCUCGAGCCACUGGCGAUUCAAUUAUUCUCGAAUAAGGAAGAAAACAAUCCCGUGUUCACCCCAAAAGAUCCACCAAACGCGUGGUUGCUGGCGAAGAUGUUUUUCAACAGCGCCAACGGACAGAUCCAGCAACUGAAUGAGCAUUUGUUGUUCACGCACAUGGUGACGGAGCCGUUUGCAAUCGCACUCCGCCGCCGUGUUUCGCGAAAUCAUCCUCUUUUCCGCUUCAUGUUCACUCAUCUGCAGCAUAUCAUUGCUGUCGAUUCAUAUGCUAGGGGAGUCAUGAUCAGUCCCGGAGGUACCAUUGACCGUGUCAUGUCCACUGGCGGCGGGGACAUCUUGAACUUCUCAAAAGAGGCUUCAAAAAGUGGUCGAUUGAGGACUUUGACAGUACGGCUACCGAGACGACUCGCUGCUCUACUGGUCGGCGAUCAAAAGUACACGCGUCGAAUCAUCGAGCUGUAUUACAAGAGCGACGGUGAUGUUGUCCAAGACAGCGAAUUACAAGACUUCAUGAAGGAGUCAAAGAAAUUUGGAUUCGCGUACGCUGAUGACGACAAGCUACCAAACGAGCUCAGCACAAAGGACGAGCUAAUUCAUCUUCUCACUGGAAUCAUCUUUAUGUCGAGUGUUCAACACGCCGCAGAAGGAAAUCCCAUGUUCGACAUCUAUGGAAAUCCACCCGCGCAUCCAGUUCUUCUCAGACAGCCAGCUCCAGUUGACAAAGAUAAGGUGACAAUGGAAGACAUAAUGAACACGCUGCCAGAUCAAGACCUGAUGUGCGCGCAAAUGGCCGUCUCGCACACAUUGUCAACCCCACCAGCCGACGAGGUCUUUCUGGGCGAGUUUCCCAUGAAGCUAUUCACAGAGGAAAGCGCUAUAAAGAUACUUGAAGAAUUUACCCAGGACGUCAAGGAUAUUGGAAAAAAGAUUAACGAACGAAACAAAUCGUGGAGAGUUCCAUAUGAAUAUCUCCUGCCUGAAAACGUCCCUGCACGAAUCGAUAUGUAA